UCACGGCCUGUGCAGCGCUGCGCGGCGGGGCCGUGCACAGCCCGGGCGGAGCAGGCCGGGACCCGAGCGGCUGGAGCUGCCCGGCCGCCGCCCCCAUGGCCCUGCUGCUGCUCCUGAGCCUCCUGCCGCCCGCCCUGCCCCUCUCCGGGCCCGAGACGCGCUGCAGCUCGGUGCUGCUGGACCCCGCCUCGGGCCGGCUGCAGAUCGUGCCGCGCUGGGACCCCGCCGCCGUCGCCUGGGCCAACCUCACCGACCGGAUCCGAGACACGGGGUGGUCCUUCCUGGAGUUGGCCACCAGCGAGAAGUACAAUGACAGCCUGCAGGCCUAUGCUGCGGGACUGGCCGAAGCCGCUGUGUCCGAGCAGCUCAUCUACAUGCACUGGAUGAACACCAUGGUGGGCUACUGCGGCCCCUUUAAAUACCAGACUGACUACUGCGAGAAGCUGAAGAGCUACAUCGAGACCAACCUGGCCUGGAUGGAGGAGCAGAUGGAGAAAGGAGAAGCUCUGGAGUACUGGUACCAGGUGCGCCUGGCUCUGCUGCAGCUCAAGGGCCUGGAAGACGGUUAUAACGGGCGAGUGGCUUUCCCGACUGGACGAUUCUCGGUCGCCCCGUUUGGCUUCCUCUUGUUCCAGCUGGGUGGGGACCUGGAGGACCUGGAGUCGGCCUUGAACAGAACGGAAAGCGAGCACACGCUGGGCUCGGGGUCUUGCUCCGCGCUCCUCAAGCUGCUGCCGGGGAACCAGGAGCUCCUGGUCUCCCAUGACACCUGGAACACUUACCAGUCCAUGCUGCGCAUCAUCAAGAAGUACACGCUGCCCUUCCGGACCUCGGCCCACAGUGACGACGUGAUCUCGGGGCACGUCCAGACAUUCUCGUCCUAUCCCGGCACCAUCUUCUCGGGAGACGACUUCUACAUCUUGAGCAGUGGCUUGGUGACUUUGGAAACCACCAUCGGGAACAGCAAUGCUGCCUUGUGGAAAUACAUCCAUCCGGAAGGGAGUGUCCUGGAGUGGCUGAGAAAUAUAGUGGCAAACCGGCUAGCCAGGAGCGGGGCCGAGUGGGCUGCCAUCUUCCAGCAGUUCAACAGUGGCACGUACAACAACCAGUGGAUGAUUGUGGAUUAUAACACCUUCCUGCCGGGCAAAGCUGGCCUCCAGCAGGGGGUGCUCACAGUGCUGGAGCAGAUCCCGGGGCUGGUGGUCGUGGCUGACAAAACAGAGGAGCUGUACCAGAAGGGAUACUGGGCCAGUUACAACGUGCCGUACUUUGAGCAGAUCUUCAACGCCAGCGGCCAGCUGGAGCUGGUGAAGAAAUACGGCGACUGGUUCACCUACGACAAAAACCCCCGGGCCCAGAUCUUCAGGCGCAAUCAGACGCUCGUCCAAGACCUGGACUCCAUGAUCCGGCUCAUGAGGUUCAAUGACUUCCUGAAGGACCCGCUGUCCCUGUGCCAGGGCUGCGACCCGCCCCAGAACGCCGAGAACGCCAUCGCCGCCAGGUCGGACCUCAACCCCGCCAAUGGGACCUACCCCUUCGCUGCGCUGCGCCAGCGGUCGCACGGGGGCACGGACAUGAAGAUCACGUCCUAUGCGAUGGCCAAGGGCUACAGCCUGAUUGCCGCCAGCGGGCCCACCUGGGACGACGUCCCCCCUUUCCAGUGGAGCACCUCUCCCUACAGCAACCUGCUUCACAUGGGGCACCCCGACCUCUGGAAGUUCCCCCCCAUCAAGAUCUGGUGGGACUGAAGUGGAGCCUGGAUCCCCUGGCGCGUGUGGCCGAGUGGAUUGGAGCAGGGAUGCUGAGGGUGUGUCCCGUCCCCCUGUCUGUCUUGUUAUAGUCUGGACUCUGGCCUAUCCGCUGGGGGGCUGCUCCACCCCAGCUGCCUUUCCCCUGAGAAAUAAGGGAAGAAUGUCUCUCUCUGCAGGGGGAGCACAGGGGAUACCUGGGGUGGGGGGAAACAACAGAGGGGGCAGCAUGAUGAUCUUGGGUACAGUGCAGCUACUGCAUCAGAUUUAGCCCUGGCGUAAGUGGCUGGAGUUUGGUGAAGCCGAUGGCCAUUGCACCUGCUUCUGCCAGGCCUUGGUUUGGCCCAGCUUGUCAUUUUGCUGCAUUGUCUUAACUUGCAAGCUGGCUUCUUGCCCUCCGAACAAACCGGGAUGCUCCCCAGAAGCCAGGGGAACCCCAGCCUCUUCUGCUGCCCCCUAGUUCCCCUCCUUCCCUGCCCCGCUGGUUGUUCGGUCACUGUCACUCCCGCCUCUGAAGACCGGAGCUGCCACCAGGUCCCCGGGGAAGGAGGAGCUGCCUGCUGGGACCCCCCUGGGCUGCCAACUUGUGUGGUGGCACCGAGAAGCGGGCGGGCCCACGGUAUAACCCCUGGGGGUGACCCACGGGAAGGAGCGCUAGUGUUCUCGGGAGCGGAGGCGGAGCUGUCCCUCUGAAUGUAAGGCAGAGAGGCGGGUUUGCCUCUCCAUCCCCUAUCCCUCAGCGCUGGGCCUUGAGGGAGGGCAUUGUCCCAGCUGGUGUUUGCAGCCCCAGGAAGAUCGCUGGUGAAGUGCUCUCCAGGGGGCGGGAGGCCUGCCCCCCCCCCACCCCUUUGCUGCGUCUCUCUGCACUGCACUCCAGUGCCUGGGGGUGACUGCUGCUGUUUUGCUCAUGCUGCCUUUGAAUCCUUCGCUGCUCUUUGAUGCAGCUGUGGCUUGGGUGAUGCCCUUGCCCUUUGCUUUGCUGGCAUCAGUGCGAAGGAAAAGCCCAGCGGGCUGCCCAUAGGGCACCGCCUCAACCUGAAAUCUUUCUGCUUUUGUGCCUGUUGUGCCCGCUACCUCCUUAGGCCUGGACCCACAUGGCGCCACAGGCGUGGGGCUUGUGCAUGUGAGGAAGCUUUUGCCCGUUAAAGGGAAAUGGAGCAGGGUUCGGCAGGAGACCACCAGGGCAGACCUCACUCCCCUUGAAAAGUGACAGCAAGGAAGGCUUAAAGCCAGGAUCAGAUGCUCCCCGGCCAGAGGCGUUCUUACCCCCUUGGCUUAGCUGCCAGUUGGCUCCAAGUGGGGCUGCAGCGCAGGGCUUGUUCUGGGUCCCCAGUGCAAACCCAGGAGUUCUGGGAUCAUGUGUAAGCAGGAUUAAAAGAGCUCUUUGGCUUGGUUUUAGUAAUAAAA